AUGCUUGUCAUCGCAACUGCAAUUCAUCUCGUGACCACAAGGUCCCUGCCCAAUGAUGAUGAUGUUGAGAUGCUGGAUAUCACCGAGCUUCAAGAAUGUGCAAAACAAUCAAUCUCAAUCGAUGAUGCUUCAUCUACUUCCACGACUGCUUCACUAAAGAAGACACAUCCUGAUGUUCUUGCUCGUAUGCGCGAAAAAAUUCCUGAUCUGACACAUGACGAAGUCAAUGAGAUUCUCGCCCUGAAGGACAAGAUGGCUAAAAACAAUCAUUUUCCUUGCCUUGCCGAAAUCGAUGAGAUGGCCACAAUGCUUCAGUCGAACCGUCACUACAUUGAAGAAGAAACUAUGUUAGACUUUACCCAAGGAGUACGAUUUGCACCAGGUGAAGGAGAAAUUCCAAUUCCUCUCCUCAUGGAUCCUUAUUGCGAGGAGUUAAUUUUCGCGAGAACUUGGGGUGGCUACAUGCGAGAACCGAUACAUCAAACAGGGAAAAAGCUUUCAUACGCGGAAAUAGCAAAGUCGCAGAUUCGUCGCAGUGAUCGUCGAUGUGCUCGAGCUGAAGUUCUCUUCUUCAUUUAUCAAAAGACGAAGAUCGCUCAACUACAGGGACAAAUGUCAUACGCAUUUCGUAGAACUGGCCAGGAUCGAGGUGUCACUGUAAGCCAAGCACUCAAUAAGGAAUUCCUGUUAACGCAGCAGCUUGAUGACAACAUUUAUCGCUUCGCAUCGACUGUCACCGGUACACCAGCAUAUUGGGAAGCGCAAAAGAAAAGCGUUCUCGCACAAGUUCGACAAAAUGGUAUAUUUACCUUCUUCAUCACGCUAUCUGCAGCUGAAACUCACUGGCCGGAACUGAUAGUCUCGUUGAUGAGAACUGUGCACAAAAAGGACAUCACUGAGGAGGAAGCCAUGGCACUAUCAUUCAACCAGAAGGCUGAGCUCAUUCGAAAAGAUCCUGUGACAUGUGCCCUUCACUUCGAUCAUCGCUUCAGAGAACUUCGAAAGACAUGGAACACCGAAGGCGGCCCGUUCGAAGAUUACAAGAUGGAAAACUUGUAUUACAGAAUUGAGUUUCAACACCGCGGCUCUCCACACGUACACAUGCUGGUCUGGCUUAAAAAUGCUCCUGCCUUCGAUGCGGAAAGCAAUGAUUCAAAAGAGGAGUGCAUAAAGUUUAUCGACAAAAUGAUCACUACAGACACUGUUGCCGCAGACGUCAAAGACAUAAUUGGAUUUCAAUUCCACAAGUGCACUUCAACUUGCGAUCGCAUGAGGGACGGCCAAAAGGUUUGCCGAUUCAACUAUCCAAUACCUCCGAUGGACCAAACGAGAAUCUUGAGCCCGAUUCACAAGGAACUUCUAAAAGAGAUGCCGAAGGAAAAACAAAAGAAGCUUCGCGAGAUCAAGGCUAAACUUCGUGCGGUUCUAGACUUGGAGACGAAGGAGAAUACAGUCGGUGACUUUAACGAUCUGCUCGCUGUUCUCGAAUGUACCAAUAAAGAGUAUACCGAUGCAAUAAGUACCACCCUCACUCAAGAAAAGGUUUUCCUAAAGCGUCUUCCAAAGGACUGUCGCAUUAAUGGAUACAACAAGAAGAUCCUUUCGCUUAUGCGCUCCAAUAUGGAUAUCCAGUUCGUCACGAAUCCUUACCAGUGUGUCUCAUACGUCGUCGACUAUAUCAACAAGUCACAACGUGGACUCUCCCGCCUUCUUCGUGAGCUUGUGGCUGACUUCAAAAGAGGCAACUUCACGCAUAAGGAAAAGCUGAAGAAGAUUUCCAACGUUCUGUACAAUUGCACUGAGAUCUCGGCUCAAGAAGUCGCUUGGAUUCGACUCCAACUUAAAAUGGCAUCAAGCAGCGUCGUAGUUGACUUCAUCCCAACUGGACCUCGCAAGGAUCGACACAAAAUUCUCAAGCCCGAUGCGGAGUUGAAAAGAAUUCGAGACAAAGAUCCCGACAAUCAAGACAUCUAUCUCAAAGGCCCAGUAGAUCGCUAUUCACUUCGUCCUGAUGAGCUCGAAGACAAAUGCCUCGCAGAAUUCAUCGCCGAGUACACGUAUCAAGGCAAAGGCAACAAGAAGGAUGCUGAGGAUGAUGAGCUUGCCGAUGAUGUUGAAGUUGAGGAGAUGAUCAACGAUGAAGAUGAGGGUGCGGCAAAGAAGCUCAAAGUGUUCCAGCUCAAAGACAAUAGUGGAUCUAUCAAAGAGAGAAAGAGGCCGAAGGUCAUUCGUUAUUGCAGAUUUUCUCGAGACAAGGAUCCCGCCAAUUACUUCCGAGAAAUGGUCAUGCUCUAUUCGCCAUGGCGUGAUGAAGUCAAAGAAAUCGAGGAGGGAAACUGUGAGGCAAUCUUCCUCGAGAAAAAAAUUGUCAUCGAUGUCAACUACAAAAAUUACAACAAGAUCGGUGAAGACUUGAACCAGAUUUACAUCGACAUUCAAGCGGAGCGCGAUCAAGAAGAAAAUGCGAAUGCCGAAGAAACUAUUCUCGAUGAAAAUGGCCAAACGAUCAAGCCUGAUGUGAAUUAUUACGACUAUGAUGACACAGUUAUUGUUCCUGAUCUGCUAAACGAGCUUGGACAAGACGUCGCAGUAGGCGAGGAAGUCAAACGCUACAAAGUGCCAGGAAUGCUCUCCAACAAUGAUUACAACAAGCUCAUCGAUUCGCUCAACACUCGUCAACAUAACUAUCACCAGCAUUUGUUAAGUUGUCUCAAAAAUGGCAAACUUCCCUUCUAUCACUUUAUCAGCGGCGGCGCAGGUGUAGGCAAAAGCAAGCUUAUUGAAGCCAUCUAUCAGACGGUGACUCGCCACUAUCGCGGUGAAGCUGGUUCAGCUGAAUCUAUCGAAGUACUUCUUACGGCGUUUACCGGAAAGGCAGCACACAAUAUCGGCGGCAUGACAGUAACAUCAGCGCUCAGCCUAUCGGUGACAGCAGGUGCUUCGAAGGCCAAGGAACUUUCCAGUGAUGCUCUAAACACGCUGUAUUCAAAGUUUCGAAACCUGAAGCUGCUCAUUAUCGACGAAAUUUCGAUGCUGAGCUUGGCCAAUUUCAAUCAAGUCGACUCGCGGCUUCGUCAGCUGUUGAAUAAAGAUCUUCCUUUUGGUGGCAUUCCAGUCAUCGUGGUCGGCGACUUUAAUCAAAUCCCGCCAGUCCUUGCACAAUAUGUGUUUGAAGAACCUAAAAAGGACCUAGCUUCACUUGCCGGCAACACUCUUUGGCCUCUCUUCGAGCUGUAUGAGCUGACGGAAAUCAUGAGACAGAAAGAUGAUUGGAAGUUCGCAAAGGCGUUAGGUGGAAUCGCUAAUGGAUCGCUAACAGAGGAAGAAGCCGCAAUGUUCAAAUCGAGAGAGUUCACCUCAAGCACUCUUCCAGAACGAGGACAAAAUGCGAUUCAUAUCUUCUUUCGGAACGAGGAUGUUGAUGACUUCAACAAGAAACGCAACAUUAUGGCUCGAGAAAAACUGAGCAAGCUUCCACCUAAACCUUCUGGUAGUGCACCACUUCAAUUAGAUUUUCCUGCUAUUGACAAGUAUCCGACGGGCAAGGAUCCCAAAGAAACGGCAGCAAUUAAGGCAAAAGCCGAGUUUCACAUUACUGGAAAGGACAAAGGCAAACGAGUCAAGAAGCCGAAGCCUGUAAAAGAUAUGGCAGCUCUACCGACAACAAAUUACUUCACGGUGGGUGUUAAGUAUAUGGUGACAUCUAAUAUUGAUACGCAAGAUGGCUUGUUCAAUGGUGCAACGGGUGUUCUUCGCCACCUCGAAAUCAAAGACCAUCACCUGAAAACCAUUUGGUUCGAAUUUGCCAACCCGGAAGUCGGUGCGACUGCAAGAUCAAAGCGUGGAAGAGUUCACCUUCCAACCGAUAAUCCUUCAGUCACCCGUCCCAUUCCUUCUACUUGGACGCCAAUCAAUUUGCUGAAAGGAACCUUCAAUGUCCUUAAAGGCCUCACAGUGACACGCGAACAAUUUCCAGUUGUGUUGGCGGAAGCGAUAACGAUUCACAAGUCUCAAGGAGCAUCGAUGGAAUCAGUUGUUGUGAGCAUGAAAGACUUGACCCGUCAACUUCAAUAUGUCGGACUGUCGCGAGCCACAUCUCUUCAAGGUCUCUUCAUCCUCGGCACUUUCACAAUCAAGCCUUCGACACCAGGAACAAAGAAAUGUCAAGAUAUGAUGGCCAAACUUCGUGUGGAAAAGCCGCUGAAACUCGUUUUUGAUGAACAAGCUUUUAUGUAA